AUGAACACAUCCGUAACAAUCCACCACGGCCCCUCCUCAACAAUCCCCCCCACCGCAUCCCCAGGCCUCCUCUUCCUCCAACGCUUCCUCCCCGCCGCAGACUCCCUCGAUUCAACCACCCUCCCAAUAACCCCCUUCUUCACCCCCAACGCCCCCAUCCUAAUCGGCAGUAACCCGCCCACCAGCGCGAGCGACGCCGUGCCCCUCCUACAAGUCCGUGGCCGCCAUCUUGCGGGAUUUAAGCAUGAUGUGCAUAUUGCUUGGGAUAUGGAUUUGAAUCCGGACAAAACACUCAAUGGAACAACCACUACCAGUAGCGAUAGUACUGAUAGUACUCGUAAUGUCCCCACGACUGGCGCCGCCCACGACGAAUCAACCCUCUAUGCCCCCCUAACAAGCGGCGUCCGCCUCAAAAGAACGGUCAUGUUCGAAGCAACAUCAGAAACAGUAUUUAAGAAUGACCCGGAUCAGUUUCCUGUUAAGUUGCGGGAGUUUAAUAUCCUGGAUCUUGAGGGGAAUAACACGGAUGAUUUGCAGAUUGUUGAGAUGAGGGUUUUUUUGGAUUCGAGGCCUGUGCAGGCGAGGGCGGCGCGGUUGCAUAUGGAGUCUGCUUUUGGGGAGGGGGGGACGCAGGAGCCGCCUGGUUAA